AUGUCGCCCCAAGUGCCCUCGGGCUCCUUCCUGUCCCCCUCGCGCGCCGGCGGCGCCCUUAAGAAGACGAAGCGCUCGUCGGCCAUGGGUGACAAGCCCCCUGCGACUCCGGGCAGCGCCACCGUCGGCCGCAAGCGCAAGAGCCUCAGCAGCAGCACCCCCAGCACGCAGGCCAGCAGCGCGGCCUCCACGCCCCUGUCCAACAAGAAGAGGAAGCGCCUGUCCAUCGGCACGCCCGGCAAGGUCACGCCCCUCACGGGCGUGCGCGAGAAGGACGUGGAGCGGAAGUUCACAGAGCACACCGUGUCGGACGUGUACAGGGCCAUCCGCAAGCAGACGGGCAGCCUGGGAGGCAACGCCGCCGGCGGAGCCAUCUACGGAGAGAUCACCCAGGCCUCGUUCCAGCGCGUGGUCGACUACCUCAAGGAAAACUGCGAGCUGUCCACCUCCAGCCGCUUCUUGGACGUGGGCUCCGGUCUGGGUAAGCCCAACUUUCACGUGGCUGUGGACCCGGGUGUCGAGGUGUCGUACGGCAUCGAGCUCGAGGAGCUGCGCUGGCACUUGUCGCUGCACAACCUGCGCAGCGUUCUGUCGCUCGACUCGCAGAAGAACAAGUGCCUCGCCACGGUGUUCACGGCGGGGGACAUCACCCACGCGCACACGUUCGAGCCGUUUUCGCACGUGUACAGCUUUGACGUCGGCUUCCCGCCCGACGUGAUGGACAAGAUGGCCGACAUGUUCAACCGCAGCACGGCACGGUACUUUGUCAGCUUCCACUCGCCCCGGAAGGUUGUGGACGCGUACGGCUUCUCGGUGGAGAAUAUUGGACGAGUGGCGACGUCGAUGGCUGGCUCCAGUGAAGGCCACCAGUGCUACUUCUACCGGCGUGUGGCCCCGAGUGACGGUGAGAGCGAGCCGGAGAUCGAGGUGAAGCCUGAGGAGAUGUCCCCGUUGAGCGGAGGAAGUGGCCAGCCGUUGACCGUGGACCCGCUCUUCAGGAAAGGUAUCGAGCUGCUUAACAACGGCCGUGAAGGCAUGCUCGACUGGAUCUCCGACUUUUUCGGCCAGGAAGUGUACGCGGGGCGUACGCGUCGGCAAAAGCGCAUCCUACGCGAGCGCCCGAUUGAGUCCUACUACCGUACGGUCAAGAAAUCGUACGCUACUACGACUUCGAAGGAUUCUCCGCGGAAGACCGCCAAGGCGACGCGGACGACGAAGCGCAAGAUCAACCUUCGCGCCUGA